UGCGCAGCGUCAUUCAGCCAUCGGCGACCGCGAUGUGUAGAUGUAUUUACUAGUUUCUACCGGUUUAACUCAUCAAUUAACCACAAUACUCUUUAAUUUACAUUACUAGUGUAGUUAAGUGUUGUGUUAAAUAUAUAAUUAUCACAUUAUUUAUAAUACGAGAGAUAUUGUGCGUUAAAAUAAGACGAGCAUAAACGACAAGGUGCAUUGGGUUUACACCAUUUGGAUGAGAAUAUACUUGCGCAUUUCUGCUAGUGCAAAAGAUAGGUAGCGCCGUUGGAGAUAAGUUAAAAAGAAAUUGGAAAUAAAAAUAAUAAAUUAGUGUGAUAUAUUGUGUGUAAUAAGCAUUUUCUCGUUUCUCAACAAAAAAAAAUAAAUAAUAAUAAUAAUAAUGAUAAUGAUAAAAAUGAGACGAUGGCUCAAGACGUGAUUUAUGGUUUAGGUGACAUAAACAAUCAAGUGCGAAGCUUUACGUUUAUUGCCAAAACAAACUAAAAAUUUAAUAUUCGUUUAAACAAAGUUAUACAUAUAUAUAAUAAAAUGAUAGUGUAAACAAUGAGGUUAUGCAAAACAACAUUUUUUUAAAUUUCUUGUGUGCAACGUGGCAUCAGUAAAGUUAAAUUGUGAAGUUUAUUAUAUGUAAAAUAAAAAAUAUUUAUAUAUAUAUAUAUACAUAUAUAUAUACAUAUGUAUAUAUAUAUAUAUAUAUAUAUAUAUGUAUAUAUAUAUAUACACAUGUAUAAAUUACAUGUACAUAUACAUAUAUCGAAAAGUAUAAGUGAUUCAAAAAUAAAAACAGUGACUUUGGCAUCGAUUAAAAAGUUGCAUAGUUAAAAUGGGUUUCUGUGGCGCCGGCAUUUAUUAUGACUCAAGAACGCACAAUUAACUGAAUUGGGAUGGAGAAGGAGAACUCUGCGUCGGGCGGAGGUGGAGGUGGCGAUACUACAGCGACUGCUACGACGGGAGCGGGGAACACUUCCGUUUCUGACAAAUUACAUGCAGACCAAGCAAAUCCGCUCCUAGAUCCCAGCGCCCUCUUUGGCGCUUAUUGGCCACGGAGUGACAGCACCACACCUUCGUUAUUUGGAGGGAUGUCGAGUGGUUAUGGGCUCGGUGCUCAUCAUUUGCCAUCGGCCUAUGCACUAUUAGGUCGAGGUGGUGCGGCACCUGGAUUCGGAGGUCAUUCCACUGCCUCAGCUCCACCACCUCCACCUCCGUAUUCUCAUGCAAGUCUCGGUACUUUGAGUGUUGCUGCCAGCCAGGCUGCGAGUCUAGGUAUUAAUCCUGCUAGUGCUGCAUGGUGGACAAUGGCAUCGCAUUUAGCUGCUCAAGAUUAUUUAGCAAGGCUACAAGGAGCUGCUGGUUUACCAAGUUUUCCACCAGGCGCUGAAAGUCUUUUGCCACCAUAUCCUGCUUCAUUACUAAAUUCAUCAUCUUUAUCAUCACACAAAUCUAGUAAAUCUAAGUCAAGCAAGAGUCACAAACCAGCUACAAGCAGCAGUAGCAUUAGUAAUACAAGUAAUACGAUCACUCCAAGUCAUACAAGUAGCUCAUCAGUGACUCUAGCAACAAAUACUACAACUCAUACCAGUAAUUCAACCCCAUCAACGAGUAGUACACCGACGACUCAAACAAACGUUGUUAGCUCGGAUUUCAGUGAUCCCAAUAGUAUAUUGGGUGGAGUUAGAUUACCUCCAGACACAGAAAUAAUAAAAUAUACAUCGAGUAUAGUAGGGCCGAAAAUUCCCGGAACAACGAAUCGCGGUCGAAAGAAAACUAUAUCUCUUGAUACCCCAAGUGUCAGCGUUCACCCUCCGUCAGUGCAAGCGAUUGGUUCUCAGCAGACCAACACAACCUCAUCCCUAAUAAUGGAGCCUCGAAAAUUUAAUCGUUCAUCAGGGAAUGAAUCGAAUGAAUAUCGAGAGCCUGUAGAUCGUGUCGAAGUUAUUAAACUGCCAGUACAUUCGACGAAUGGAUCAGUUUUACCUGCGCCGCCUUUGUACACUACCAGCAACAUGAACAAUUCAAAUGACACUGAUGCUCCUUUGAAUCUUUCUCUAAAACCAGCAUCUACGAGUAGCAGUCCGCUGAUAUCAGGCAAUCAAUCUCUUAGUCAGUUGAGUAAUCUCAGUCAGUCAUUGCUGGCAUCUGACCGUACGUCCCGAAGAAAGCCCGGGCCGAAACCGCGGCGAGUACCUCAAAAUUCAGGAUCCGUCUCGGCCUCAUCAAGCCCAUCAUUGGCACAAAUUUUUAAUGCAGCUGAUUCGCCACAACGUCCAAGUAGCGGAAGUGAAGAAAGUGAAAGCACAAUCCAUCAUAAAGAUGGUAGACCAAGAAAUUUAGGACGUGGUGUUUCUAAACCGAAAAAAAAUACAGUUGCAUCUUUACUAGCGCAAAGUCGAGCACUUGGUAUCAAGCCAACGCCAGCAUUCGACCCAAACAUUCCAAUUUCACAUCAAGUAUCGCUAUUAAGAUCCAAUAUUCUUGCGGCUCAACUUCAUGCGACUGCUACUUUACAAUGUGAUGACAAAAAUCAACGUUCGUUGCAGGAAAAAAUGAAAAACAAAUUACUGGAGGUGUCAGGUGAAGAAAGUAACAUGGAUGUUACCAGUGAAAGCGGAAGUAACACAGAUGUACUGACUGACACGGAUGACGACAAUCCCGAUGGUACAUCUAGCGCCAAAAGACGAAAAUUGAAUCCCAGUGAUAAAGAUCUGCAGGUUCCAUUAGAACGCGGGUGGAAGAGGGAAACAAUCAUCAAAGGUUUAGGAAAAACAGGAAUUAUUAAGGGUGACGUUUUAUACUACAGUCCAUGUGGUAAAACAUUUAGAAACAGUACUGAUUUGAAUAAAUUUCUCGAGCUACAAAAUUCAAUUGAAAUAACGCCGGGAAAUUUUUCAUUUUCAUCUCGUCCUCUUGUUGGUGAAUUUUUGCAGCCAACGAUGGGGUUAGCUGAAGCUGAAUUUGUGAGAUUAGGAGCGCAAGAAGUUGCACGAAGGUUAGAUGAACUUAAAGCUGCUGGUGGUUUUAGAGAUUUACGAAUUAAUAAUCAAUAUGAACGAGACAAACUUGCCUACGCAAAAAAACUCGCUAAAGAAGAAGCGCAGCGACAUAAAGAGCAAGCGAGAUUACUUAAAGAACAAGAAAAAUCAGAGAGACAAGAAGCCGUAAGAAGAGAGCGUGAGAUUAGAAAUCAACAAUUAUUGGAGGGUCGGAAGAGGUUAGCGUUCACAAUCAAGCAGAAGAUGAAGAUUAUUCAAGAAAUAGAGCGCGGGAAAAGCAAGAGUGACGUCGCCAGGGAAUUGGGACUGGCAAGUAGUACAGUCGCGACAAUAUGGAAGAACCGUGUGAGCAUUGCAGAGAGCUGGAGAAAUCGCGAUAUGUUGCAAUCAGAAGGAGAGACAACAGAUCUCAUUGGAAAAAAAUCAGCAAUGAGCAAUAUCAUAAUACCGUCAUCCUCAUUAUCAAUUGGAUCGAUGGUCAUGCCCACAUCACCGAUAACUACUUCCCCAUCGUUGAUACCAUCAACAUGUCCCAUAACACCGACAUCAUUAUGUAGCUCAGUAUCUACCUCUCCUGCGAUGAUGAUACCGCAUCAGGACAGCAUCCAGCACCAGCAAGCACAGACCCAAACGCUAAAUCAGGAACUGCUGGAGGCAAGGAAAAAACGCCAGGAAGAAGUAGAAAAAAUUCGGCUGGAAGAGCAACAACGAAAGCAGCAGGAACGUGAGCUUAAGAGACAGCAAGCCGUGAUGUUGAAGGAACAGAUGUACAUGCAGGAGCUGAGCAAGCAACGAGAGAUGCUUUACACCGUCGAGCUGGAACGAGAACGAAGACGUCAGCACAUGACACUUAUUCGUGCACUUGAAAACCGUCGACGAAUGGAAGAGCGUGAGAAAAAACGAUUAGAAGCCCGAGCAGAGCGAAUUGCCACGAAAGAAAAACGCGCUGAGCAAAGAAAAAUGGAAAUGGAAUUAGUCGAGCAAAUAAGAAAACCAGUUGAAGAUAUGGAAUUAACAGACCAUCGGCCAUUGCCUGAAUUAAAACGAAUACCCGGUUUGAAAUUAUCCGGUGAAGCCUUUGCCGAGAUCGUAAUGGUCUUUGAAUUCUUACACAAUUUUGGUGAAACUCUAGGUUUUGAUAUGGAAUCAUUACCUAGUUUAAAAAGUCUUCAACUGGCUUUGCUGAAUGACGAAGAAGCUGAAGAAGAAAUCCUGUCAGUUAUGACCCAUUUGCUGGUCUGUGCAAUUGAAGACCCAGGGAUACCUCAGCCAGCGAGACACACAACUGGUCUCGGUCAAAGUUUAAGACAAGCCGACAUCACCCAUGCAAAUAUCAGCGAAGUCUUGAGAAUUUAUCUGUACGCUAAUGCGACAGGUGAAGUAAAAGCUCUGACUGGUGUUUGCUUGGAAAGAGAACGUGAUAAAAGAUUUGCUGACCAUCAUCAAAACGGCGGCGACUAUCCUUCGACACCUUCGGGUAAGAAUGCUCAGUUUUACGAGCACUUGCACAACAAUGAAACCUGGAAAAUGUCAGAGAGACUCAGAGACAAACCGUUUUUAGCUUUAAAUCCGACUCAUAAAGCGCAGAUGCUUGGGUUCCUUUGUAAUGAAUUAUUGCAGAAUAAAGCUGUGAUAAAACAAAUCGAGGGGAGUUUAGAAACAGUCGCGCAAUUGAAGAAAGAACGAUUCGUAUUGGAUACUAAAAUAAGAAAACUACGGCAGUUGCACAGCAGGAAAGUAAGAAUGGAAGCUGUCGGUGUGAUUGUCAACAAAACAGGCGAUACGAUUACGAUUGAAAAGAAAGAAAAUGAUGAAGAGAGUAAUAAUGCGACAGCAACGACUGUGACAGCAAGCACAACAACAGUAACUGCUGUGACAACUACUGCAACAGCGGCAACUACGACAACAACAGCAGCAACAACAACGACAACGACCAGUACGACUGUUGAAGCAACACCAUCUGAAGAUAAUCAUCCGGAAGAUGAAGUAGAAGACAUGUCAGAAAAUGAGAGUGAGGGAACGCAGCCUGAGGAAGAAGAAGACAAAAAUUUAUCUGGCGAAGAACUGGGAAAAAAAUUGGACAAAUUAUUAAAACAAUCAGAAGAGCAACUACAGAAACUGAACAGUUCAUCCAAACAACUUCGCGCUCAUGUUUUUGGGCAGGACAGGUACUGGCGGAGGUACUGGGAGUUGCCGUGCUCUGGAGGAAUUUUUGUCGAAGCUAUGGAAAGUGCAGAGCCGGAAAUACUUGACUUGCAAGCUGAGCUAGACGAAAAGUGGAAGGAUAAGGAAAUAACUGAAGAGGUUAAAAUGGAGAUUGAUGAGAAACCAGAUGACAAAAGUGAUAACACUGAAGACAAAAAUAUAAAGAGUGAAAGCAAUGAGAUUAAAACUGAGAUUGAUGAUAAUGUUAAAGUCGAGCCGAUGGAAAAUUCGAUUGACGCAUCGAAAAAUGAUGACGAUGCCAAUGACGAUACGAAGAUGAAUUUGUCUGAAGAAAUAAAACAGGAAACGGAAGUUAUUGAGAUCGACUCGAAAGCUGAAGUCAAGAGUAAAGUUGAAAAUGUCGAUCAAGAAGUAUCUAAAUCUGUAGGUGUCAAGCAGGCUGACAAUAAAAUUAUUGAGACUAUGGCUAAUGGUGAUAAAUACAAUAACAUUAAUCAUUUGCUUAAUGGGAAAGAUCACAAUGGCAGCUUUAUAACUGUGGAAAAUGGGGAAAUGCCCUGGUUUUCAAUCCUCCCUCGGGAAACUUGCGACACACCUGGCCCGAGUACCAAACAGAUUUUCGGAAUUGCAGAACCUACAGAACUUAAAAUUCCGAUUUUCCCGCCACCAGUGAGCCCGGGAUAUGAAAGGUGUGAAAGCCCUGCGCCAUUAAUUCUCACUCAAGACGAAGCAACGCAACUGGAAUAUUUAAAAGUCAAUGGGUUACCACAACCAGGCGAAGCUAAACCGGUGCCAAAAGACUUGCGCUAUGGAUGGUGGAGAAUAACUGACGUGGAUACAUUUCAAGAACUUCUGGAACAUUUGCAUUCUCGUGGCGUGCGUGAAAAAGAAUUGAAACGAACGACUUGGGCUACGAUGGAGUCAUUUCUAGCAGUAACCGGAAAAAUUCAUGUGGAUCCCGGUAAUAUUUCGGCUACGGAUCUCCACAUUGAAGGUGAAGAUGAGACUGAGGUACCACGGCCUGAUGAUCCGAAUGACUGGAGUGAGACAACGGCUUUGAGAGUCGACGCUCAGUUGUUGGAACAAGUGGAAGCGUUGGAAGAUAAAGUAGCGAAUGCUAGUAUGCAAGUCAAAGGGUGGAAGUUGCCUCCACGGUCGGGUAGUGAGGAAGCUGAAGAAAUUGAUAAGCUCAAUGAAAUGGAAAAAGUUACUGCUGUGGAGCAAGCGAGGCAGAGAUUACUAUCACUUGAGGCAGCUAUUGAGAGAAGAUAUUUGAAACCACCUUUAGGUGUUUGUACCGGUGAUCCGAAUCUGGCAGCCCUAAAAGCAGAACAAGCAGCAGCAGCCGCUAAUGCAAAUUCAAAUUCAGCAGACAACGUGGCAUCUCAUCCGCCCCCAGAAGAAACGACACCUCGAGGUUUGAAUAAUUGGCGGGAAGCAACAGCGCGGGCUCAUACAUCAGCUCAAUUGGCAAUGGCCCUCUACAUGCUCGAAGCUAGCAUCGCAUGGGACAAAAGCAUCAUGAAGGCUGUGAGUUUAACACCAGCUAGAAACUCAGUCUGCAUAAAACUACGAAAUCGCUGCGUCUCACUCAAAGCUACAAAUCAAUACAAUCAACUAUUGACCACUUCUCAAAGCUCUAAUUGCCAAUUUUGUCAUAGUGGUGAUAAUGAAGAUCAACUGUUGCUUUGCGAUGGUUGUGAUCGCGGCUAUCAUACUUAUUGCUUCCGUCCAAAAAUGGAAAAUAUUCCUGAUGGUGAUUGGUAUUGCCACGAGUGUAUGAAUAAAGCAACUGGUGAAAGAAACUGCUUAGUAUGUGGAAAAAGAAUCGGAAAAAAUUUAGUCCUCUGCGAGCUGUGUCCCAGGGCUUAUCACACCGACUGUCACAAUCCCGUGAUGCCGAAGAUGCCAAGAGGAAAAUGGUAUUGUUCAAAUUGUCACAGUAAGCAACCGAAAAAGAGAAACAGCAGUCGUCGGAGUCAUACCAAAGGAGGAGGCAACGUCAGAGACAGUGAAAGUUCUGAUCAUCCGCCCGCUAGUCCAACGCCUUCGACAGCAUCAAACACGAACGUAGAGGAGGCCAAUCCCUCGGAAGCAUCAACGCCAACGGCUUCGCCGCGUAAGGAGACUGGCAACAACAGGAAUCUGACAAAGAAGCAACAGCGCGAGCUAGCGCCUUGUAAAAUUUUGCUUGAACAGUUGGAACAGCAGGAUGAGGCUUGGCCGUUUCUACUUCCUGUCAACACCAAACAGUUUCCGACUUAUAAAAAAAUCAUCAAGACACCGAUGGACUUGAGUAGCAUCAAGAAAAAACUUCAAGAUACUGCUUAUAAAUCUCGCGAUGAAUUCUGCGCUGAUGUUAGACAAAUGUUUAUUAAUUGUGAAGUAUUCAAUGAAGACGAUAGUCCAGUGGGAAAAGCAGGGCAUGCUAUGAGAAACUUCUUCGAAAGCAGAUGGAUGGAAAUCACCGGCACUCCACUACCUCCGCCGCCACCGCCAUCGUCAUCACAAACGCACAGCUGAGGACCGGGGAGAUCGCGUAAUACUUGUAACAGUUUUGCGCACUUUUAUUAUUAACACACAUUUUUUUUUUCCCUAAAACAUUUUACUUCCUUGUCUAAGUCACGUUUUAGUGACGUUUAAUUGAAUUUAAAAAAAUCCGAGUUUUUUUUUCAUUUUAUACUGCGGUAUCAUUUUAUUUUUAUUUUGUUAUAAAAAUUUAAAAAAAAAUUAAGAGAUGCCAAAUGGUCUUAAUUAAGAUCGUACGGGAUAUAUUUAUAAUAAUAUUAGUAAUUAACAUAUAAAAGAAAAAGGUCUUUGUACUUAUUAAUAAAUAAAUUCAUUAGUUUGCCUAAUUAACUAUUAAUUAUUUUAAAAAGUUGUAUUAU